AUGCCAUCAAGAGGAGAACCAGCGGCACUCGUUUCACACAUACCGCGGGUUGACGGCUCUGCGAUAUAUUCUCAUGCCGGCUACACGGUAACAGCGUCGGCAAAUGGACCUAUUGAGGCCCAGAGGCGCGACGAAGACCCGUACGAGGCUCUGGUCGACGUGAUCGUACGACCAGCAGCAGGGGUCGGAGGAACGAGGGAACGCCAUCUAGAGUCUCUCUUGCAAGCUACACUGCGCCAAAUAAUCCUGGUCAAAAACUUUCCCCGCGGCUUGAUCCAAGUUGUACUGCAGGUGAAGUCAUCACCCGAAAACUAUUACGCUAAUACGAAGCUGGUUCAGGCAAACUUGAACUUGCCGAUUAUACCAGCCCUGCUGCAAGCCGCUGUUUUGGCUCUUCUCUCGGCGGCGAUCCCUCUGAGAGCAACGGCUACCUGUACCGUGGUAGCCGUUGUUGCUGGCACCGAUGGAGAGACGGAAAGCAGGCUGAUUCUGGACCCGUCGCCCCGGGAAGCCGAGGACGCGCGGUCGGUACACGCACUGGCCUUCACCUCAGGGGACAGAUUGAUUCUUGCAGAGAGCGAGGGCCAUUUUACAAUGCAAGAAUGGGCUGAUGUCCAUGCCAAGGCACUGAAGAUCUGUUGCGGACCAGUUCGGGACCCCCGCAGCAACGACAUGGACAUGGGCGACGAUAACGGCACUGACGUGGAAGGCCCCAACAUGCGGCACUUCAUCCGAGAGACAAUGGCUGCCAAGGUCUCUGCAGAUCUGCACUGGAAAGGCUGA